GAAAAACAUCAAGCGAGAGGCAAAUGGACAAGAACCCGAACCUAGCAUCACGUGCCCUCCUCAUCCUCUUCCUCUUCUGGUUUGAGCAGAAUGAAGCAUCGCUUGAAAGCAAGCACUUUGUGCUGGUUCAUGGGUCAGGCCACGGUGCAUGCUGUUGGUACAAGAUCGCGAAAUUGUUAAGAUCAUCCGGUCACAGAGUCACUGCACUUGACCUGGUGGCUUCCGGGAUCGACCCGCUUCAGGUCAAAUCUCUGCAAUCGAUCUCUGAGUACUUCAAGCCCCUAAGAGGUGUCAUGGAAGGUCUAGCUUCACAUGAGACAGUGAUCCUUGUCGGUCACAGCUUGGGAGGGUUGGCUCUUUCUCAGGUGAUGGAGAAAUUCGCCAGGAAGAUUGCGCUUGCUGUUUUUGUCACUGCCUUGAUGCCUGGUCCUGAACUCGAUAUGUUUCUACUCUCAAAUCAAGAGGCGCAGGACUUUUUGGUUUGCGAGGAUGAUAUGCUCAUUGUGAAGGAUCUUGUGCAGUGA